AUGAGAGAGUAGCUGAUUGCUAAGCUUGGUCAAAUGCCUUAUGAAAUAUUACAAUCUAAGAGCAUAUCCUAUUAGGAUUUUCUCUUUAAACUUAUAAUUAUCGGAGAUUCAGCUGUCGGAAAGUCUUGUUUACUACAUAGAUUGACUACUAAUGAAUUUAUGGAAGAUCAUGAGGUUACUGUAGGGGUAGAAUUCGGGACCUUACUAGUUAAGUUAGAGAGUUAAGUUUUCAAACUUUAAAUUUGGGACACUGCUGGAUAGGAAUCAUUCAAGUCAAUUACUAAAAUCUUCUAUAGAGGUGCUCAUUGCAUAUUUUUCGCUUAUGACAUUACCAGACAAGAAACUUUUAACAAUUUAAGACAUUGGUAUGAAGAGGUAAUGGCCUAAAGUGAACCUGAUAUCAUUAUGUUCUUGGUUGGAAAUUAGAAGGAUAGAGAAGCCAACAGAGAAGUAUCAAAGGAAAAAGCUGAGUAAUUCAGAUAAGAAAAGGGCAUUCAUUUCUUUUUUGAGACAUCGGCCAAAUCUGGAGAAAAUGUUGAAAAUAUUUUCAUAAUGGCUGCUAAGAUGCUCUACUAUAACUUUAAAGACAAAAUUACUCAAAUGAGAGAGGAGGCAUUGUAAAAGAAGAAAGGCAAUUCAUAAAGACUUAACAAUAAAAAAGAUGCAAAUGGACCAGCAAAUUCAAAAUCGAAAUGCUGUUGA